AUGUUAAUAGCAUUUAUGGCAAAUCGGACGAAGUUAUUAAUCAUACUCGACAACUGUGCUUUUGACAUUCUUUUCAUCAGCGAAAGCAAGAUUGAUGGUACUGUCUCUUCUUGUUUAUUCGCUCACUCGCAAUAUCGAAAUAUUAGAAGAGAUAGAAGGAAAGGAGGAGGUACAUAAGAUCCAAUAUAACGGCUUAAUGACGGCCAAACCUCUGUGGAGCCACAAUAAGCGUUGAAUCCAUUUGUUUAGAUGUAAAAACAAGUGCAAAUAACUGGUUUCUGAUAUCGCUCUCCUAGUAAUUGCAAUUUUAUGGAUUUCAUUCCAGCCUGUUCGUCAGCAGCAGAGAGAAUGUACGCUAAAUGUAAAGAAAUAAUUUUUAUCGACGGGGAUUUUAACAUGAACAUGCUUGAAGUUCCACCGAUAACCCGAACGUCCCUAAUAAAGUCCUUUCUAACCUUAUUGAUCAAUUCUGCCUAACGAACGUUAUUCAGGAGGCUACGAGAACGACUAAUUAUUCGAGUACAUUACUAGAGAUCGUCUUAACAUCUCAUCCCGAGAGACUAUCGACAAGUGGAAUUCUGUACGUUGGGAUCAGUGGUCACGACCUAAUCUUUGUCGUGAGAAAACAAAAGCUACCCAAACUUAAAGCAAGAGCAACAGAGCUUAGAUUAGUGAAAAAUUUGGAUAUGAAUACUUUCCUCUGA